ACAUCAAACUACAGCGCGUGUUUUGCACAGACACUCCACAUGUGGCACGGAGCGGGCUGCUCGUAGAACGACCCAGCUGCCUUUUUUCUUCUGUGUUGGAUUACUCUUCGGAGAGUUUUGGAUCGUAAACACCUCGCCUGAAAAUGGAGUAAUUUUCGCAACUUUUUUCCGGCGUUCCGCUCGUGUUUGGAUCUCCUCUGCGAUGAGUGAAGAGGAGCUGAGAAGCUCCCCCGCUGCUUUUAGAGAGUGAGGAGGAUUAGGCUGGAGCUCAGUGGAGGCGCGGCGGCAGUGUGAGCCGGAGCCGGAGCCGCAGCCGGAGCUGGAGCCAUGAGCAGGGCGCUGACGGAGCACAGCAGCAGCAGCAGCUUCCGAGAAGAUGCUCCCCGUCCUCCGGUACCGGGGGAGGAGGGAGAGGCGUCAUGCUACAACCCGGGCCGAGCUGCCAAAAUGAGAGCGCAGAGCAGGGCGAAGGACGGCGGCGCGCCUCCGGGCUGCACGCCGCGGAGGAACGAGGACGGACUCGGGGAGCCGGAGGGCAGCGCGUCGCCGGACUCGCCUCUGGUCCGGUGGACCAAGUCUCUGCAUUUCCUCCUGGGCGACCAGGACGGGGCUCACCUCUUCAAGACGUUCCUGGAGCGGGAGAACUGCGUGGACACGCUGGACUUCUGGUUCGCCUGCAGCGGCUUCAGGCAGAUGGACUUAAAGGAUACCAAAACGCUGCGAGUCGCCAAAGUCAUCUUCAAGCGGUACAUCGAGAACAACAGCAUCGUCGCCAAGCAGCUGAAACCGGCCACCAAGACCUUCAUAAGGGAUAGCAUCAAGAAGCAACAGAUCGACUCUGCCAUGUUCGACCAGGCGCAGACGGAGAUCCAGUCGCACAUGGAGGAGAACGCCUACCAGAUGUUCCUGACCUCUGACAUAUACCUCGAGUUCGUGCGCACCGGCUGCGAGAACGCGGCGUACAUGAACCACGGCGCCCUGAGCAGCCUGAAGCUCAUGUGCGGGUACCUUCCUCCCCUCAUGGAGGAGGAGGAGUGGAGCUGCGGUGACCUGAAGGCCAAGGCGCUGGGCUCCGUGGUCGGACUGUCCGCCAAGAACCUGAGGGCCACGGCCGCCAUCCGGACGGCGGCCGAGGUGCUGGAGAGCAGCUGCAGAUCCCACCGCCGGGGAGACUCGGCCAGCCCCUACUUCGUCAACUCCGGCUACAUCUUCGCCCCCGCCACCAGUGCCAACGACAGCGAGAUCUCCAGCGAUGCCACCACCGACGACUCCAUGUCCAUGACGGACAGCAGCGUAGAUGGGAUCCCUCCGUACAAGCUGGGCACCAAGAAGCAGAUCCAGCGCGAGAUGCAUCGCAGCGUCAAGAUCAACGGCCAGGUCACGCUGCCCCACUUCCCCAGGACGUACCGGCUGCCCAAGGAAAUGACCCCCGUGGAGCCGUCGGCCUUCGCCGCCCAGCUCAUCGCCCGGCUGGAGAAGCUGAAGCGGGAGCAGGACACCAUGAGUUCACUGGAGGAGAGACUGCAGCAGAUCCAGGAGGAGGAGGAGAGGGAGGAGAGCAGCGACCCGGCCAGCAGCUCGUCCCUCCACCAGCCCCUGGUCCCGGCCGGGAGUCAGUGCGAGGAGGAUCCGCAGGCCAUCCUGGACGAGCACCUGUCCCGGGUCCUCAAGACGCCCGGCUGCCAGUCGCCGGGCGUCGUCCGCCACUCGCCACGCUCACGGUCGCCGGACCGGACGGCCGCCGCGGUGUCCCCCGGACACUCCGGACCCUUCUUUGGUGCUUACACCGGGUCGCCCAAGGUCCUGGUGGCAGGCAGGCCGUCCACCAAGCACAUCCACCACCACUACAUCCACCAUCACCACGCUGGGCCCAAGACCAAGGAGCAGAUCGAGGCCGAGGCGGCUCAGCACGUGCAGUGCCUCUGCCCUCAAGGGGGCGCCAACUAUUCCGACUUCACACCUGCUCGCUGCAGCACUUUGUCCAGACGGCCGCUGAAGGCCUCCGAUGAGGGCGUGACCUCGCCGCGCCUCCCCCUCGUCGCCACCGACCGCUCUCAGAAUGUUUGGCAGUGGAUCCUGGAGAGCGAGAGGCAGGGCAAGCACAAACCACACAGCAGCACUCAAGGCCUAAAGAAGUCCAACCCACUUGACUCCAAACCCCCGCCCGGCCGGACCAACUCCUCCUGGGGCGGAGGCGGCAUCGGCAACGGGGUUCACCUCCGCGGCCAUCACCCCGGCCACCCGUUCAUCCAGGACCCCCGCCAUGCCACCGCUACCUCCGCCCAACACCCUGGCACAGCUGGAGGAGGCCUGCCGGAGGCUGGAGGAGGUUUCCAAGCCCCCAAAGCAAAGGCAUUCAACAGCAGCCAGCUGCCUUCAGAGAGACCGGAGCCAUCCAACAGCUGCCUUCCCGCCUGGAUGCAGCUCGCUCGCCAGCCCUGGACUCCAGACAGACGAGUCUAAAGAACUGGUGGUCACCUACUUCUUCUGUGGCGAGGAGAUCCCCUAUCGCAGCAUGAUGAAGACCCACUGCCUCACCUUGGGUCACUUCAAGGAACAGCUCAGCAAGAAAGGCAACUACCGGUA